AUGAAUCAGCAAUUUCAAUAAUUUUAGGUUUAAUCGUUGGUAUUUUGUUAAAAAUUAUAUCAGAUAAAUAAAUAGAAUUUAAUCCUGAAAUAUUUUUUUACUUUAUUCUUCCUCCAAUAAUAUUUGCUGGUGGAUUUAAUGCCAGAAAGACUUUGUUUUUUUAGCAUUUUUCUAUUAUUUUAUUUUACGGAAUAAUUGGUACUUUACUAAAAUUUUUUAUAAUUUCCUCUUUAAUAAUUUUCCUUUUAUAAUCUGGCUUUUUUUUUCGGAAAAAAACAAUAUCAAUAUAUUUGA